AUGACAGAAGUAAGGAAAUAUCUUGUUAGAAAGGUACCUACAAACAAAUCUAUUCAGACAAGACAAAUGCCAGAUAGUGAUUACAGUUCUCCAGCAUUUUAUUUAUCAGAGGGUUACCCAUGUAAAGAGUGGCUUAGAGAUAGAUUCUACACAGUAUUAGUUAUAGAAUUAAGAGGAUUGAAUUAUCAAAGAACUCAUUUGUCAAAAUUCGCAAAAGAGUGUUUGUUAACAAGCAAUCAACGAUGCAUAUGA